AUGAAGGAGUCGGAAUCGCGAGAAUGUCUGGUGGAAAGCAACCGCGACGAAUUUACUGCGACGCUGCUUUUAAGCGACCCCAUCGAACGUCCCUUGUCGCAAAUUGAGAAAACUUUCUUGCUGCACGCGGAACGUGGCGACUGCGCCACUGUUCACAGGAUAAUCGAGCAAUAUAAAAACAAUCCAACAGAGUUUGAUAUCAACUGCGUAGACUCGUUAAACAGGUCCGCUUUAAUAGCAGCAAUCGAAAACGAAAACAUCGAACUUAUCAAGCUACUGCUCAACGAAGGCAUCAAGGUUAAGGAUGGACUUCUACAUGCCAUCAAGGAGGAAUACGUGGAAGGCGUCGAAGUGUUAUUAAAUUGGGAGGAAACAUCUCACAAGGAAGGAGAGCCUUAUACUUGGGAGCAGGUCGACAAAUCAGGAGCGUCGUUUACAGCCGACAUCACACCGUUGAUUUUGGCCGCUCAUAAAAACAACUACGAAAUCAUCAAAAUUUUAUUAGACAGGGGAGCUACGCUACCUUUGCCUCACGAUGUAAGAUGUGGCUGCGACGAAUGCUUGGAAUCGAGCAGAGCCGAUUCUCUAAGACAUUCGCAGGCUCGCAUCAAUGCCUAUAGGGCACUAUCAGCCCCGUCUUUGAUAUCUUUGUCAUCGAGUGAUCCUAUAUUGACGGCCUUCCAACUGUCGUGGGAUCUAAGACGACUCAGCAGGAUGGAGACGGAAUUUCGAGCAGAAUACAAUGACAUGAGAACGCAAGUACAAAAUUUCGCCACAUGCUUACUGGACCACAUACGAACGUCUAACGAACUCAAAGUAAUGUUAAACUACGACCCUCAAGAAGAGUCUUGGGAAUGCAGGCAGCGCGAAAGUCUUCAGCGAGUGAAGCUGGCAAUUAAAUACAAACAAAAGAAGUUUAUCGCCCAUCCGAACGUCCAGCAACUACUCGCCUCGAUAUGGUACGACGGCCUACCAGGAUUUCGACGAAAAGGUAUGAUCGGUCAAGGAUUCCAGGUGGCCAAAAUUGGAAUUAUGUUUCCGAUACUGUGCACCAUGUACAUGAUCAACCCAACGUCUAAAAUGGGCAGUUUCAUGAAGAAACCUUUCGUUAAAUUCAUCGUCCAUUCGUCAUCAUACGCGUUCUUUCUGGCUCUUCUGGGAGCCGCAUCACAAAGAGUCGAAAUAUUGUUUCUCGAGUUAUUCGGCACAGACUGGGUUCAAGAUAUCGUACGGGAAUGGAAAAGGACAGAACGGGGAGCUUUAUUUGGUAUAGCGGAAUGCGGAGUUAUUGUCUACGUAGUCGGUUUAAUUUGGGCCGAAAUAAGAUCGCUCUGGUCCGACGGACUAAUAGAAUACAUUGCGGAUUUGUGGAAUAUUGUGGAUUUUAUCACCAACAUGUUUUAUUUUCUCUGGCUGGCGCUGAGAUUAACAUCGUGGUACGUUUGUUGGAGGGACGAUUCCCUGGGUAAGCCCACUUGGUACCCUAGAGAGGAAUGGGACUCUUUCGAACCCAUGCUUCUGUCGGAGGGUGCGUUCGCCGCCGGUAUGAUAUUCAGUUUUCUAAAGUUGGUUCACAUAUUCAGUGUCAAUCCGCACUUGGGGCCGCUCCAGAUUUCUCUUGGCCGCAUGAUAAUCGAUAUCGUCAAAUUCUUCUUCAUUUACACACUGGUUUUGUUCGCAUUUGGCUGCGGUCUAAAUCAACUGCUGUGGUAUUACGCCGAAUUGGAAAAGAAAAAAUGUUACCAUUUGCCCAACGGCUUGCCGGACUUUGACAAUAACGACAAGGCGUGCACAAUAUGGCGGCGAUAUGCGAACUUAUUUGAAACUUCGCAGUCGCUGUUUUGGGCCAGUUUCGGUCUCGUCGACUUGAUGUGCUUCGAGUUAACCGGCAUAAAGGGUUUUACUAGGUUUUGGGCUCUAUUGAUGUUCGGUUCAUAUUCCGUUAUUAACAUCAUAGUACUUCUCAAUAUGUUGAUUGCUAUGAUGUCGAACUCUUACCAGAUCAUAUCGGAGAGAUCGGAUACGGAAUGGAAAUUCGCACGGAGUCGACUUUGGAUUAGUUACUUUGACGAUGACGGCGAUUUACCCGCUCCGUUCAAUGUCAUUCCGAGACCUAGUUCUCUGUUUCAAAAAUGCGGAUGUCAGAAAUCGAAACUCAGUUCAGCUAGUUUUCGGAAUAAAUCGAAAGAAAUCGCGAAGGUGAGACAUGAAACUGUUAUGAGGUUGCUGGUUAGAAGAUAUGUAACCGCCGAACAGAGAAAGAGAGACGACUUUCGUAUCACGGAGGACGACGUGAUGGAGAUUAGGCAGGAUAUAUCCUCGUUGAGAUACGAGCUCAUCAACAUUCUUAGGAAUAAUGGGAUGAAAACACCUGAAAUUAAAAUCGAAGAUACUCAAGUGUCAGGAAAAAAGGGGAAAACAAUGGAACGCAGACUAUUACAAGAUUUUCACAUCGGUAUCGUGGAAGGUCUGGCGAGCGAGAUGCAACAGAACCCAGCCGGACCUAUAAAUGUAUUCAAACAGAUUGCAAAGGUGCUGGGACGUAGAACUACAUUCCAGACGAAGAAGAAGGAUUGGAACGCGGUGGUGAGGAAGAAUACGAUGCCCAGCAACCCGAUCGGGUCCGCCCAAGAAGCCGAAGAAUCUCGAAAAAUGAGGCAAAGCCUAAGGAAGCACAUCAUCACCAACGUUGACCAUCCAUUGCAGAUCGAAGAUGAAAAGCUUCUUGAGUACAAUCCAAAACUAUGUGAAGUGCCAAGAACAGCGAGAGUAGCCUACGCGAAGUUUAUGUCCAAAAAGAUUGAAGAGGAAUACAAGAAAUCGGAGAACGAUUGCUCACAUUCUGAGAAUAAGUUAAGGGAUCCGCAGCACUCAAAACAAUUGGGAGUCACAUUUUCAUGUUCCCAGACAAACACCACCGCAGGCGCUUCGAGAAAUACGUUUAAAAGGGAGACACAGUCUCUUAAACACCUUGAUGCUCUACCGUCUCUGAUGGAGUCUCCAGCACCACCUGAACUACCGUCACCACAAGCUCGAAGAAGUGCAGCAAGCUUCGGGUCAGUAGAUAACAACGAUGUUCCUCCUUCCAUGGAAUUCAAACUAACUGGUCAGAAAAGCACUGGUUGGAUAUAGAAGGGA